AUGGGGACAUCAGAUGAGACGUCACUGGAUGUAAGAGACUCCAAUGCAUCUGCUACAGACAAGGGCUCCAUAGAAAUUACUAAGCAGCAGCCUCCUGUCACACAGGAGGACGGGCUGCUGACAACACACUCCGGCUCCCCGAUCCCCGAUGGGGAGAGCCAAAGCAAACCUGGAAGCGCGUGCGUAUUCAGUAUUCAGAUGCCCAUGGACUGCACGUUCUUUACAAGAAAAGAAAUACUAAGGCUUUUCCAUAGAUAUAGAGACCUGGCACCACAACUUGUUCCAGAUGAUUACACAAAUAAACCAGAUGUGAGGAUUCCUUAUGAGCUCAUAGGCAGCAUGCCAGAACUCAAGGAUAAUCCCUUCCGACAAAGAAUAGCUGAAGUGUUUUCUGAAGAUGGGGAUGGAAACAUGACUUUGGAUGAUUUUUUAGACAUGUUUUCAGUACUCAGUGAAAUGGCUCCUCGUGAUCUUAAAGCUUACUAUGCAUUCAAAAUAUAUGAUUUCAAUAAUGAUGAUUAUAUAUGUAAAUCAGACCUGGAAAAAACACUGAAUAAGCUCACCCGGAAUGAGUUAACACCAGAGGAAGUGUGUCUAGUUUGUGAGAAGGUGAUAGAUGAGGCUGAUGUAGAUAAUGAUGGAAAGCUAUCAUUGGAAGAUUUCCAGCACAUGAUCGUGAGAGCACCAGACUUUCUCAGCACAUUUCAUAUCCGGAUUUAA